UUUGCGAAUUCUCGUUACCAAUUUUAUUUUUUAACCUAGUUUUGUUUCACUCAUUAUUUUUUAGUGAUUGGAAUACUUGCGGAUUGGCUUCCAAAAUUUAUAAAAAUCUAUUUUUUAGAUCUCAAAUCCAAAAAAUGAUUCAUGAUGAUUUUUACGACACUUCCGAUGAUUAUUUGUUUGCGACAGAAAAUCAGGAAAUUGAGGAUUCUCCGAGUGUUACACUUGAUGCACAGACCCAAAAUGAUCAAUUAUUACCUCAAAUCAAGGAUAAACCAGAAAAUUGUUCAAAUUUACCAAAUAACGACGAAAAUGAAGAUGAACUCAACUCAGUCACUCCAUCAUCCGAAACAAUUUCAAUUUUAAAAAAAUAUUUUGGAUUUUCAAAAUUUCGUCCUUUACAAUACCAAAUUGUCCAUUCAGCAAUUCUAAAAAGGGAUCAACUUGUUGUGAUGUCCACUG